GCCUACAGCGAGGCGUUCUCCGACGACUCGGUGCACCGCGCGAGCAACGCGGACGCGGACAAGUUCCUGCUGAGCCCGGGGUCGACGGGCGACCUGACGCGGACGGGCCUCAAGGAGUACCACAGCCCCUACUUUAACACGGAGAAGCGGUCCGUGGUGGCGCAAAGAGCCGACGGCGAGCGCGAGACCGUGCGGCGCGCGCUCGCCGUGCACCACGCGCUCGUCCUGGAAAAGCGCGUGUCGAUGCACAUCCUCGCGCGGCCCCUGAGCCGCUGGGACGCCACGGCGCGGCUCUGGCGCUUCGAGCCCGGCGACGUCGUGGAGUGCGAGGGCGCGGACAUGCGCUGGCGCCUCGCGGUCGUGACGGCCGCGCGCGACGACGAGAGGGACGGCGCCGCCGUCGUCUACUCCGUCGUGAGCGCCGCGGGCUUCUCGCACGGCUACGGCGGGCCGCGCCCCGCGCCGCGCGUCGCGCGCGAGGCGACGCUGGCCUACUGGGGCGUGGCGCCCCUGGUCUGGCAGGCGCACGCGCUCGUGUCGCUCGAGGCGCGCAUGAGGUUUCAGGAGGGCCACGGCGACGACUUCGAGUCGAUCCCCUACGUCGACCACGGCAAGGCCGCGUACCGGCGCUGGCUCCGGGACGAGCGCAACGGCGCCUUCGCGGCGCGCUACGACCGGUCCCCCCAGGGGGCGCGCCAGGCGCUCAAGGACCUGCUCAUCGAGCCCUUCCGGCGCAUCGCGGAGGCCGUCGGCGACUGGGAGUUCGAGGCGGGCAAGGCGAGCACGUACCUCUACUUGGCUUGCAUGGGCAGCGGCCUCCUCUCC